CCCAUCUUCCUGUCAGAGCUAGAUAGUCAGUGGCUAUAAAAUACAAAAUCCAACAAACACAGCUAGCUAGCCACAGGUGCAAGUUUUGCAGUCACUCCACCCAGACAAGAUGCGUUUCACAAUAGAGAUUUGGUGAGUGCAAACACACACAAACAGAGUGACGGCCAAGUAUGCACAAAACUUAGUGGAUUUAAGGGCACUGUGUCUUGCAAUAACAAUGAACUCCGCGUUUUUGUCGGACACUGCCUUGGCUACAUUGAUUCAAAUAGGUCGAACCUACAAAGAUUUGUUCUGUCAAGGUGCCCCUAUUAUGCUGGUACAAAAACUAAGAAGCUGUUUACAAAAAUAAAUAUUACGGAUUUAUCUGCAACCACAAUAAUAGAUAGCUUCUGUAGUGAUAUAUCUGACAAUAGGAGACAAUAUCCGCUGUGUGGACGCUGCAAGAGCCAAUUUGCUGUGGCUGUUCUCUCACCUAACUUUGAGUGCAAGGACUGCAAUAAACACAACUCAACAAUAGAAAACUACCUGAAGUUAUUUGGAGCGACCGUCUUACCCUUGACAGUCCUCUUUUUUAUAAUUGUGAUAUUCCAUAUAGGCCUUACAUCAGCACCUACAAAUGCAUACAUUUUCUUCAGUCAUGUGAUAACAACGAAGCUUAACGUUCUAAUUAUCGAGAGCGCUUGGACAAUUCAAACUGAUUCCGAUAUCUCAGAGAGACUGUCUAAACUACUUCUGUACCCGUUGUACAUCUGGAACCUAGACUUCGCCUAUUACUUCAAAACCGAUGGCGCAUGCAUUGGGAGAAAUCCAAAGAUAAUGUACAUCAUUGUUAUGGAGUAUAUCUAUGCCCUAUAUCCAAUGGCACUAUUGCUACUGACAUUGAUCCUUGUUAAACUACAUGGACGAAACUGCAAGCCGGUAGUAUUUCUAUGGAAACCAUUUUGCUAUUUGUGUGUCAGGCUGCGUAGAAAUUGGAAUGUGAGAACAUCGUUAAUUGAUGCCUUUGCUACUUGCAUACUGCUCAGCUACAGUAAAUUGAUUGAUACAUCACUGGCGUUAAUUAAUCCAAAUCCUGUUUACGACCAAAACGGCACCACUGUGUACAAUACACUGCACUAUGAUACAAGUACAAAAUUCUUAUCCACUGAACAUUUGCCGUAUUUUAUAAUUGCAAUAAUGGUACUAUCAACGUUUGGGCUGCUUCCACCAAUGUUGCUUAUUCUGUACCCGUUCCGCUGGUUUCAAAAACUACUGAAUGCUUUUCGACUAAACCGUGUUCAGAGCUUACACAUUUUCUUGGAUGCUUUUCAAGGGUGCUACAAAAACGGUACUGGUGGAACUCCAGAGAGACGAUACUUUGCAGGCUUCUACUUCAUUUUCAGAAUAAUCGUCAUAUUUACAACUUCUUUCGGAUACGCAACUUUAACCACUACAAUAGCCAUACUCACAAUUGUCUAUGCAAUUUUCUUGUGUGUAAUAGCAAUUUUUCAGCCUUACAAAAAGAAAUUCUACAAUAUCCUAGAUGCUUUUUUCUUUCUCAUUUUAAUUAUUAACAGCAGCAACAUUAUGUAUUCUCUCAGCUAUGCACUAACAAGAAAACAUUUGCCACCUGUGAUCUGGCCAUUCACAUACACACUCCUGCUAAUACCCUCAACAUACAUGGUGCUAUACAUACUCUAUUGGAUACUGACACGAUUUCGAGCAAGGUACUGUCAAAGAUGCCUAUUGCGAAGACUUAGGGGCUCAAGAUUUUUUAUAGAGAAUGAGGGGCGACAUGACUCAGUCACAGAGCACUUUGAAUCGACACUUCACACAUCUUUGGAGAGUGUUUGCAACAGUUUUCCAGAUCGAAUAAACAAUCCGUAUCGAUACAGGCCACAAAGCCCGGGGAUUUUCAGGCAGAAAAGUGACUCAAUUAGUGAGCGAAAACAGAAUGGAGGAAAUGCUUACACACAUUACGGAGCUAUCACAUACUAGCUAGUGUAACAAUAGAUACUAGUUAGUAAACAAAGCUAUAGAAGGAAAACUUAUUCACAUUUGUUUUUAAAUUAUACAUUUUCACUUUCAUUGACAAUAAAAACAAACCAACACUGUUAUGAUAAGCACAUCUAUUUACUAAACUACUGAAUGAAACACAAGAAUUUAUAAAAUUUGUUAAUGUUAUUGUUCUUGAGUGUCCUUUUUAUCUUUGUGUGAAAUUAUACCUUUUUCUAUCAGAUCAGGAAUCUCAACAGCUAACCACGGUCCAAGCUGAAAAUUACA